CGCGCCCCUGGAACACGUCGCCGUGGGAAGUUGGUGCUGCUGGGUUUUGACAGGAGUCCGGUCGGGAAGCAGAAGCUGAAUGGCUUGUAGGUGAAACAAACAGCCAUGUCAGAAGAAAUCAGAAAAAGACUCGAUUUUCCUAACACCCUUAUACAGUCACAGACUGUGAGCCAUCUGAUUGCUGCAGUGCUGAAAGAAAAUGCUUCAUCUAACAAGAUAAACCAGUCCACUAACCAGACCCCUGCAUUAAACCUCCUCUGGGAAAAAUGCUGCAGUGACAAUGUGGUGGUUCGGACGGCGUGCUGUGAGGCGCUGGUGACGCUUGUUGCGCAGGAUCACGCGGAAUCCGGUUAUGUUCUUAAUGGAGCGCUCAAUUUGAUUCCUUCUGCCAGGAACGUGCAAGGUUUGAUAAAAAUCAUAGUAAAACUCCUACAGAGACAGGCCCUGAAGGUGGCAAAAAGUGGAGAAGAACAACCAGUGGAGUUUUAUGCAAUCAGGAACUCCCCUCAUCCCCUGAUCAUUGUACUUGAAAACAGGCCUGACUGCUGGCCAGUUCUCCUGCAGCACGUGACAACGUUUUUCCAGCAGUGCCCAGAAAGCACGGAAAGUGCGUGUGUCUCUAUAAUGAGGCCAUUUCUCAGGUACUUAUACUGUGAGCCUGUCCAGGUGAGGGAACAGGCUGAAUUACGGAUGGGCCUGCUUCAAGUCUUGCUCCAGCCACGCAGACCUUGGAAGAAAGAAGAGCCCUCCGUUCUCGAGUGCCAUCUCCUUCAGCUGUUUUGUGACUUGGUUCCACAUUAUCAGAUAAAAGACUUGCCGCAGAUCACAGAAACUCUGAUUUUUCUGGAGGCCUUAUUCCAGAGUCUGCUGCGCUGCCCUGCCUUUUGGAAAGUCCAGUUAUGCCAGCUCUGCCUGCAGUUUCUCUGCUUCUGUGAGGUUUGCCUGCAGAUUACAGGAGAAUGUUCAUCUCUGAUUUUCUUAAUGGAAGAAAACGUUGAGCUCUUGAAAGAGGGUUUUCCAUUUGAGAUGGCCAUAAUUGGAUUAGGCUUGCUCCUGCUGCAGGCUCCAGCUAGUCAGCAAAAGCCGAUCUUAACGCUAGCCAUCAAGCUCCUUUCCUGUUCUGAAACCAAGACCCCUCUGGCCGUGGCCCUCGUCAUGGUGAUGCCUGCCUUGCAGAUCUUAUCCUCCACAGCUGUUCAGGACUGCCUGACUGAGGAGGACAGAAGCACCACAAGGCAGCAGUUGGCCAUUCAACUUCUAGAAAUUGUACAGCAGGAAGAAUUGAAAGAGCAAAAGCCAUCGGCCUCCUGUGAUUGCUUCUUCCCCAUAACCAGUGCUUAUGGUUCACUGCAUACUACUUGGAGAUUCCUUGUGCUUAUGAGAGAAAAAUCUUCCAUGUCAGACUGGUUAUCUUCAUUGAAGUCAAUGCUGCCCAUCACAACUCAAGUACCUAUCCAUGUAUUCCUUCUUCUGGCCUGCCUCCUUGUUCAAGAAAAUGGUGAUGGCCUUCGAAGUGUACUGGCUGCCACUACAGAAAUCGCCAAAGCUGAUUCAUCCCAGGUGCCAAAUCUGAUUCCGGUCCUGAUGUUUAAAUUGGGAAAGCCACUGGAACCCACACUCUGCCGGGAUAUUUUGUAUACUUUACCUGCUUUGGGUGUACACAAGGUCUGUGUGGCACAGAUUUUACGUGCACUACAGGUGUUGGGAAGCACGCCAAAGCUUCAGGCUGUUACAUUACGACUGAUGACAUCUCUAUGGGAAAAACAGGAUCGAGUUUACCCAGAACUACAGAGAUUCAUGGCAAUGUCUGAUAUGGCUUCCCUGUCUGUUAGUAAAGAUACUCAAUGGGAAAAGGUGAUUGCCAAAGCUGCUUCUAUCCGAGAUAUAUGCAAGCAAAGGCCUUACCAACAUGGAGCAGAUAUGUUGGCUGCCAUUUCUCAGGUACUGAAUGAAUGCACAAAGCCUGACCAAGCCACACCUGCUGUUUUAGUCUUACAAGGACUUCAUGCACUUUGUCAAGCUGAGGUUGUUUGCAUUCGUUCUACAUGGAAUGCGCUUUCACCAAAGUUGAGCUGUGACACCCGACCACUCAUUUUGAAAACACUGAGUGAACUGUUUGCCCUUGUCCCUUCGUUAAUGGUGAACUCAAAUGAAUAUGAGAAAUUUAAAGCUCAAGUUGUCAGCUUCCUCUGGAACCAUACGCAGAACAAGGGUCAUCUUGUAGCCGUUUCGGCAUACAAAUCUCUCUCUGAAUUUGCUUCUGAAGAGCAUACCAUCCUUCAUCUUCCAGAACAGGCAAGGCCAGAAUUGGACCAACACGAAGAGGUGGACAUAACUGAAGAGGAAGGAGAGGAAGAGGAGGUGGAUCUCUCUGUUCCCGGUGCCUCAUACAUUAAAUUGUUGUUGCUCACUCCCCCUCCUGUUUUACCAGCGUUUGAAGAGUUUGCAGCAUCGCUUGUGAAACAGGAGAUGGCCAACAUGCCUCGUGGAAUAUACCAUUCUGCUCUGAGAGGAAGUGCUGUCCGUUCAGACCAAGGGAAGACUGUAUCAGGAGUUCCAAACUUUAUGUUGAAAAUGUAUGAGAGGAACAAACAACCAGGGCUGAAGCCUGGCCUUGCAGCUGGCAUGUUGUUGAGUUAUGAUCUUCCAAUCCAUGUGGGCAAAGAUGGCAAACCUAUCAUUCGAUUUCUAGCCAGUAGGGGGCGCAACUUCCACCAGAUGUUAAUAGCACUCAUCCAUGAGGUAAACAUCCAACCUUCAGAAUGGCACCGGUCCCUGCUACUGCCUCAAUCCUGGGCAGGAUUUAUGGAGAGAACAUACCAUGCGAUUUUACAAGGAAGGCAAGCUGAGUUGGAGAUGCAGUUAAAGCAUGAAAAAGAAGGACCCGAAGAAGUGCAAUACAAGCAAUUUACAGCCUGGCUGUGGGUCAGAGAUAUGUUGACCGAUGUAAUCAAGGGUGCUUCAAAGGAAAGCCCAGUGGUGAAAGGGAAUUGCCUUCUAGCCUUAACAGGCCUUGCCGUCGCCGUAGCAAAACAUGAGAAGGGGCUGUCUUCCGACACCGAAGAACAAUUCAAUACUGAGCCAGACUUUCUUCUGACAAAGCACUGGAUCUCCAUGGUGAUAGAUACGCUCCUCAGCAUUGUGGACAGUCAUUAUUGCCCCAAAGGUCGCAUCUUCCCAUGGUUUUAUCAGAAAUCUUACUCUAGUGAAAAUACCGCGAGUGCUAUCGCUCGUUCCUGUGCAGCGACGGCUUUGUCUCUCUUGGUGCCGGUUUUUAUUGUAUCCUACAAGGAAAAGGUGGAGGAAGUCCUGAAUUUACUGAUUGCCAUGUUACCUGGGAAACCAAAUGCAGAUGAGUCUCAGGCUGUUCAAAUUCACAUGGGCCUCGCUUUGGGGAUGUUUAUUUCGCGGUUAUGCGAAGAGAAAGUCAGUGAAGUAUCUGGCAAACAAAUGAAUCUCUUAUUGAUGAAGUCCCUGGAUACAUUAGAGGACUGCUGCUUUGACACAAGUCUAGAGUACAACACUGGAUGCAUCUUGGGUGUAGGACUUGUUCUGUCACUGAUGAGUCGCAGCAGUCUGGCAGAUUCCCAAGGUCACAUCUCUGCUUCCCUGUGUAAACUUUGCAAAUACUUGGAUGAUGCAGAAGACCAAAGCAGAACAUUCCAGGAAAUACUUGCCUACGCAAUUGCCUGUGUCUGUGUUUCCGCUUUCAGUGUUAAGAUUACUGAGGCUGGGGAGGCCGAGGAGAUCAUGAACAAGUUGCAGAAAUUAGCAGAAACUAAUCAGCAGACUCCUGGCUUUGCCUUAGCAUUGGGUAGCAUUGUUCAUGGGUUGUCUAUAUGUGGACAUGGUAAAGCAGAAGACCUCAGCAACAGACUGUUUCCUGCCUGGAUGAAAAUUGUACUUGCAGAGGGAGCCCCUACAAUGCAGCGGCUUGCAGCAGUCAAUGGUCUGGUCUCUCUGGUGGGUUCUGAAGGAGCCAUAAUACAGCUGAAGUCUGAGUCUAGCCAGUCUUCUCAGAUUCAAAGCAAACUUAAUGAAGUCAUCAGAACCCUGAGUCAGAUAAUCAGCUUUUCCGGGGUGAUUGGCCUUCAGACAAAUGCAGCAUGGCUCUUGGGGCACCUGCAUCUCUCCAGUGUGUCUGCAACCCAUAGUCGAACAUCUGUUCCUCCAGACUUUAGCUACCUGCCUGAGAAAAGCUUCCUCAGAGCUGCCAUUGACUUUGUUAUUGAAGGUGGAAAGAAAGGCCCUGAGGAAGUUCGUCCUCACUUGGUAAAGGCAGCCAUGGCACCCAUAGCAUUAAUUGGAGAAAGCUACCAAUACCCACCUGUGAACUGGGCAUCCAUUCUUUCUCCUCUAUUGCGACUAAAUUUUGGAGAAGACCUACAGCAGCUGUGCAUUGAACUAGUCGUGACCCAGGCCCAGUCAUCUCAGAAUGCUGCAAUGCUAUUGGGGCUGUGGAUAGCACCACCUCUAGUAUACAGUCUAAGCAUAGAAACCAAGAGAUACCUUUUCACUUCCUUACCUGUGUGGAUGAAAUAUAUAGCAGAAGACAAACUGCAGGCUUUCAUGGAAGUGUUUAUGGUGCAGCAUUUUGAAGCGAAGAACCAGCCAAAAGACCUGGAGCUUCGCGGGAAUAUUUUACAGGGGCUCAGCCAAGCCAUGAAACUUCCUAGCCCUGCCCAGUACAGCUGGAGCUGCCUUUGCAGGGCCGCAGAGAGAAUAUUUGAGCUUUUGCCAAAUGAGAUUCGGCAAAAUGAAGUGAAGAUGUAUAUAGAUGCAGCAAAAUGCCUCUCGGAAAUGACAGAUACAGAGGUUGACCGAAUUACACAAGGCUCAAAGAACAAUUUGGAAAAGGUCAUAUUUGUCAAAGUUUAUUUAGUUUCUCAAGGCAGAUUUCCUUUGCUGAGAUGGAAUGAUGUGAUUAGUAUUGCGGCUGGUUGCCAAAAGGAUGAAACCGUUAUAUGGAUGCUACUGCACAGUUUCUACCAUGCGCGAAUUGUGAGUCAUGAAAAUACUGGAGUCAUGAAGAGAAUGGAGUGGCUUUUGGAACUGAUGGGGUAUAUCAGAAACGUUUCCUUAAAGGCAAUAUCUAUACAAAAUGUGGCUCCCAAUGAGGCUGUCAGCUUCCUGUUGCGGAUCUUUGCUGCCUCUGUGGUUGCGUGGGCUGACCACGCUGCACCACUACUGCUUGGCCUCAGUGCUGACUGGUCUCCCUCAGAAGGUGAGGCAACAUCAGGAUUGCCUGCAAAUUAUUUGGGCAAGCGUCCAAUAGACAAUCUGACUGUCCAAGAGACCCUCACUCUUCUUCCAGGUAGCUUGCAAGUUCUGUUGGCUAAAGAGCCGUGGAAAGAGCAAACCUCAAAGUUUAUUGACUGGAUGUUUAGCAUAAUGGAGAGCUCAAAUGAAGCACUGUCCCAAUCUUCUAGAGAUCUUUUGAAAGCUUCUCUGUUGGGCCUGAGGUCUCUCCCAGAGUUCAAGAAGAAGGCAAUAUGGACAAAGGCUUAUGGCUGGUAGUGACAGCGUGGCGUCUUUAUUCAGGCCAAAGAAGUGAGAAUUAGUGAGGAUAAUAAUAUAGCUGAAGAGAAGACAGGUCAUGCUGAAGAGUUUAUAUGCUGUGGAGUGUUAUGGGGUUUCCGUUUCAGAGACAUUGUUAUCUUUCCCGAAGAAGUCACUUAAAAACACUGACUGUGUGCAUAUGUACUUUUGUUCUGAUUGAUUGAAAGCGAGCACGUUGCCGACUUAGUUUGCCCUGGUAAAUGCUUGAUUUGAGUCUGAAUGGCAGAGUUUUAUUCUCUGAAAUGUAAAAGGAUAGGGUGAAAAUUUAGACUGUGCAAUUUGAAUGAAAAUUGUCCAUAAUACUGCAACAAAAUUAAAGAGACUACUCUGAAAUCCAGGCUGUUGACUAUGUUUUACAUGUUAGGCUACAGCAAUGUUCCCCAAUGUGGUGCUCUUCAGAUGUUUUUAGACUUAUAACGUCACAUAACCUCUAUUAGGUUCACUGUUCACUGCUCCAUUUUUAUUUUUUCUUAUCUGAGUAUAAUAAUAAAUCUUUAAA